GGUAGGGGGUGGAGCUCCGAGCUUCCACAUUCCCUCAGCCUUUAGCACUCACGUCGAACCCGGGCUGGUGCCGGGUCCUCCUUGCUUCUGAGGCAGCCAGGCGGCCGUCGGUGCCUCUUUCUCCUCUGCUUCCUCCUCACUUUCAUCAUGGCCUUCAGUUACGAGUACGUGACUCCCGAGCAGCUGGCCGGCUUCGAUAAAUACAAGUACAAGGCUGUGGACAACAAUCCGCUGUCUUUGUAUGUUAUGCACCCAUUUUGGAAUACUAUAGUAAAGAUUUUCCCUACGUGGCUGGCUCCGAAUUUGAUAACCCUAUCAGGCUUUCUGUUGCUUAUAUUCAAUUUCUUACUUAUGGCCUACUUUGAUCCUGACUUUUUAGCAUCAGCACCAGGUCAGAAGCAUGUACCUGGCUGGGUUUGGAUUGUGGUGGGCAUCCUUAACUUCGUUGCUUACACUCUAGAUGGGGUUGAUGGAAAGCAAGCUCGUAGAACCAACUCCAGCACCCCUUUAGGAGAAUUAUUUGAUCAUGGACUAGAUAGUUGGUCAUGUGUUUACUUUGUAGUGACUGUAUAUUCCAUCUUUGGACGGGGAACAACUGGUGUCAGUGUUGUUGUUUUAUAUAUCCUCUUAUGGGUAGUCUUGUUUUCUUUCAUCCUGUCCCAUUGGGAAAAGUAUAAUACAGGAAUUCUCUUCUUGCCAUGGGGAUAUGACAUUAGCCAGGUGACUAUUUCUGUUGUCUACAUAGUGACUGCGAUUGUAGGAGUUGAGGCCUGGUAUGAACCUUUCCUGUUUAAUUUCUUAUAUAGAGACCUAUUCACUGCAAUGAUUAUUGGAUGUGCAGCAUGUGUGACUCUGCCAAUGAGUUUAUAUAACUUUUUCAAGGCCUACAGAAGUAACACCUUGAAGCACAGUUCUAUUUAUGAAACAAUGCUGCCCUUUAUUUCUCCAUGUUUGCUUUUCAUUCUGAGUACAAGUUGGGUCCUCUGGUCACCAUCAGAUAUUUUAGAGACACAUCCUAGACUCUUCUACUACAUGGUUGGAACAGCUUUUGCCAACAUCACAUGUCGCCUUAUUGUAUGUCAGAUGAGCAACACAAGAUGCCAAACUUUGAAUAUGUUGCUUGUACCACUGGCCCUCGUUGUUCUUUUGGUGUACUUAGAAUUAUCUCCUCAUGUGGAACCCAUUCUUCUGUACUUACUGAGCAUUAUUAUUACAUUGGCACAUGUCCAUUAUGGAAUACAGGUGGUAAACCAGUUGAGCAACCACUUUAAGAUUCUGCCCUUUUCAUUAAGAAAACCAAGCUCAGAUUGACUAGAAGUGGAAGAAGAGAAAAUUGGCCUGCAAUCUACAGAAGUACUGUAAAUAAGAUGCUUGUAAAUACUCCAACCAUCACCAUAGAACUAAACUUAUCUACUUGACAGAAAUGGGGACUAAAUAUAUGUGGAACAUGGAUGACAGGGAUGAAGCAUAUAUAAUCUGGACUCCUCUAAUUCCUGUUCAUCUCACUCCCAUUUGUCAUUAUAUAUGUAUUUUGUGGGGGAGGUUACCUUUUUGGUUAGUGUACAUUAGACCAGCAUAAUGUUCUUAGUGAUUUCAACAAGUCCAUGUUUUUUUGGUUCAUACAGGUUCAUUUUUGUUUUGGAUUGAUUUUAAAAUAGAGAAGCUGGUUUAGGAACACUGACAACAUUCAUAAGAACACAAUGUGUUUUCAUAUUUGGUGAUUUGUUAAUAGGUCUUACCUAUUUGUGGAAACUAUCAAUAUUCUAUUUCUACCUAGCCAGGGAGAGAAGCCACAAAAGCAAGUCACCUUCAGCAGGAGAUGCCAAAUUACCACAAAAGAAUCUAACCCAUAAGUCACUUAUAUAACUGCCAAAUACUGGUUUCUCUUUUCCAUUGAAAUGCCUUUGUCUUCACAUGCUGAGAGAUCUGACAUGAAUCUGAUUGCCUAAUAUUCUACCACUCUUUAUUCUGGAAUAGAUCUUGGCAAAUGGUUUUACUGUUUUUGUUUUAUAUUAUUCUGCGGGGGCUCAGAAGUGAAUAGGGUUUUAGUUAUAAUUCAUUAGUAUUACUAAUUUUGAAUUUUCCCCCUCCAGUUACAAGUUGUUCAAAUAGUUUUACAGGAUGAGUUCUUGUCAACCACAAUUAUAAGAAUGCAUUUGACAUUCUCAGCCUGGUGAUAAAAUUACUUUUUGUGAGGAAUGUAGAUAAAAUAUCUUUUAAGACACAGUCAUUUUGGGAUUGGGAAGCUUAUCAAUUUUAGGAUGUGAUUAUUUUUCUGAGACAUGUCAUGUAAAUUCUAGGCCAUUCUUGAAUUUUUUUCUCCCUUUUUUGCAGGGUCGGGGUUGGGAGUUGGGGAGUGGGUUUGGGGAAGAGUCUGGGAGAAGAUGACAGUGAAUACAGUUUUUUCAUUUUUCCUAUUUCCCCAGUUUGGAAAAAAACAUGACACGUUUGCCUUAUUGAGCACGCAUUCUCCUUACAAUAGUUUGCAGUUCACUUUUGAAAAUAAAAAAAUUCCUUCACCUUUAUCAUAACUGUUUCAUAGGUCACAUCUUUUUCACAGGUGUGAUCAUUUUUUACUUUUUUAUCCUUUAAUUUAAUCAUAUUUUAGUUUGGUGGUGGUGAGAGUUACAUGCUAAUUUUCUUUGAUUUUUCUACUGAAUGCAGUUUGUGCUUGAAUGAAGAGUGUGUCUUAAACCCUUUUUAUGGACAGGCUGCACUUGGAGAGAAUAAGCACAACCAUGUUCAUAUGUAUUUAAAUUUGAGAAACCAUUAUUUAUCAAUGAAUGUUUGACCAUUAGCUUAGUUGCACUGUCUUCCUUUUGAGGUUUAAAAUCUGUUACUUUGAAAAAAUAACCAAUAUUUAAUUUUUUAAAUUUGUAAAUUCUAAUCAUUGUCACACAGAUUAUUAGAAAUGUGAAGUCCAGGAGCCAGCUGAUGGUUCCCUUAAAUUUUAAAAAAAUGUGUUUGUGGGAUUUAUGUAUUGUGUAUUCUGUGACUUUCUCUGAGUCAAAAAAAAGUAAAUGUACAUCACAAACAGAAAAAUUGAUGCAGGAAAAUGUUGCUUCUGUGUUUUUUAAAAGGCUAUCAUGUGAAUUAGAGGAAGUGCCAAUUAAGUGAAUGUAACUUUUAACAUUUUUUUGUUUUAUUUUGUUCUGUGUCAUCUGUGAAAUUGAACUGGAUAUGGUAUGAAUAUGUAAGGUGGAAAGGAGGGGACACCAUUCUGCAUUUAUUACUUUAGUCAUUUUAUUUUGUUGACUUUGUACAGAGGAAGUGGAAAUAGAACAUUUAACCUUGUUAGCUUCAUAUCAGCAUUGUUGGGGAAAUGUUGCUUGAAGUUAAACAAAAUAAUACAUUUACCGUAUGAAGCAGAGCUGGUGUGUAUUUUUUUAAUGUGAUAAUUUGGGCCAGAAGCCUCCUCCCAUUAUUCAGAAUACAUUGUACAGAUUAGCAGUUGAGUUCUUUUCCUUUUUUUUAUUUAAGGGUCAUGGGAUGUUUUGAAUGUUUUACUUCCAGUGUGUGACAUACAUUUCUUUUGUACCAAGUGUGAAAAUUGUUUUGUGCAUUUGCUUUAAUGUUUUCUCCUAUAGUACUUAAAGGAGUUAUUUCACAAGUGGUUUCAUUGGAAUUUGUGAGGUGAAAGAAGUUAUAAGAUGAAAGAGAGACUGGAGCAAUUUGACUUCGGGGAGGAGAAUGAAUUUGUAGAUUCCCAAUACCAUGACUUCUUUUCUUUGCUUGAGUCAGACAUUCCCUUUGGCAGGAACUACAUCUCAGAAGCCCUAUCUAUUAAGACAACUGAGACAGAAUUUACCUUCAAAUAGAAUCUUGUGCUUAUUUCAGAUCAACCAUCUGAACACUCCCAGUAUGUAAGAGGUAUUUUCAGGUUUGUAGGUAGUAUUGGGUAAGCUCAAACUUCCUUUCCCUAAAUUUUAAACUGAGCUGCCUUUUAUUGAACCAGUGGUGUAUUUUUGCAUAUUUUCUGGACAUUUCAGAGUAGAGUGCCUUAGCCCAACCAGAAAUUUUGAGUCAGAAUUUAUUUUGUUUUUACUAACUAAGGACAUGUUGACCUGUUGGAAAUUUUUUUUCAUACUUGUACUUUUUUUCAUACAAGUCCUUUUGGACUUGUGGAAAAUAAUGUUUGGAAGAAACAAUCCCCUGUACUUGAAAUUUUAAUAUGUAUAUCAAGGGGAAUAUUGUGGAAAGAUGAGGAAAAAUUGGAUUACUUUGCUUCCAUACUUGUUUUGCACAGUACAUUACUCUAGUGCUACUUUUAAUUUAUUACCCCUUUAACAUAAUAGAGAGGUAAAAUGUUCUAACUGUUUUUUUGUCCAUUUAUACUGUUAAACUUUCAGGGUUUUACUAAAAGAAAUAGAUGCUAAUACUAAUGUGCUGGUGGGUACAAAAUAUUAAUGUCUUAUGGAUAGCUGAAUAGAAAACUCCCAAAUUAAAAAAUAUUUUUCUUUGGCAUAUAAUUAAAAUUAUUUUGUGCAAUAGCCUACUUAAACCCACCAUGUAUCUUUCCAUUGUAUUUUGAGUUACCUGCAAUUUUGAUUCUUUGGAAAUUAUAGUGUUUCAUGAUUUGCAGGCAUGUUGUAUCACAGGGAGAAUACUGAUGUUGAAAAGUUUGGGAUAAGUUAAAAUGCUGCAUAGUUUGCCAAAUACAAUCCAUUCUGUCUUUCCUCUUUCUGUUCAACUCUAGGCUCAAUGCAUUGUUUCUUCCAAGAGAAACUUUCUGAUGGACUAAUUCAGUGAACUGCCUGUCCCAACUGAAGGCCAUAAUAUGGGCAAAAUAAUUUCUUUAUCAACUUGGGUUUUACUAUAUGAAUUGGUGGGCUGAUCUCUUUUGAAUGGUUUUGGAUAUCAUUGAGAGGAGAUCUUAAUUUUCUUUUUAAUUUUAUGCCUUUAUAUGUAUUCUUAUGGUUGGUUUAAAUUAUUUUUCUGUGAACCAUAUUUUCCAGAACUUCAAUGAAUAGUCAGAGUUUUCUUUGUUAACUACUGUCAACAUUUUAAUUUCUGCCAUAUACAGAGAGCCCUAUGCUGUCAUUUAAUGAGGUGAAAUGAAGAAGAAAUAAUAGUCAUGCUACCUCGGAAGGGGACAUAGUACCAGCAUAUUGCCAUCUACAUCUGAAAGUUCCUUUGGUUCUAAAAGAAUACUUUUUAAAAUCAUAACAUCAGGGAUCCCACCUCUUGCUUUCAAAACAGACAUAGAGUUAAUGUAUUUUGAGGAAAAUCAGAAAAGCAACUUAGGCUUUGUGAACCAAAGACCCUUCUAAAUAUUUAAACCAAAAACCUCAUUAUUCCUUUUUCUGUUACCUAACCUGUGCUUCCUCUUAGUGAGGCCACAGCUGGGAGAGCUGAACAUUCUACCUAUGAUAUUGCUUUGCCACCUCUGACCAAUUGGUGACAAAAAGACUGUCUUUAGUCCUUUAUAGUGAUUGUCAUAAUGGUUACAGGGGCAAUGAAGGAAGCCUGAUAGAUUGGAAUUUGUUUGGACUUUGGGUAUACAAUCAAACAAAAAACUUAUGCAGAAGUCUUGAAUCACUCUGAGAUAGGGCUUUAAACCAACUUUUAACUUGAUUUUGGUUCUAGGCUCCAGCACUGUAAGGGGAAGCUAGGCAGGUGCCGACUAAGCUGUAUGACCUUGGGUAAGUCUCUUCCCCUCUGAGUCUCCUCAUCUGUAAAAUGGGGAUAAUAAUAGCACCUACCUCACAGGGUUGUUGCGAGGAUCGAAUGUGAUGAUGAGUAAAGUGCUCUGCGUACCUUAAAGUGUUAUAUAAA